AGCGUUGACAGGUUCACUGCGAAUGUCAGCCCUGCAAGAAGAAGAAUUUUCUAUGUGUGUUAUGUUCAGUUGCUGCAUGGAAAAAUAGUUUUUUCCUAUAUUUUUCGUACACCCAGUGCACGGAAAAACUCAAUCACACAGAGGAAAAACAAAAUUAAUGAUGCUUUUCAUGCUGCUGUUCAGCCGGCAGGGCAAACUGCGGUUACAGAAAUGGUACAUGGCAUAUCCGGACAAGGUGAAAAAGAAGAUCACCCGGGAACUGGUCACCACGAUACUGGCCCGUAAGCCCAAAAUGUGCUCGUUUCUGGAGUGGAAGGACUGCAAAAUUGUCUACAAGAGGUAUGCCAGCUUGUAUUUUUGUUGCGCCAUCGAGCAGAACGACAACGAGCUGCUGACACUGGAGAUCAUUCAUCGCUAUGUGGAGCUGUUGGAUAAGUACUUUGGCAGCGUCUGCGAGCUGGAUAUCAUCUUUAACUUCGAGAAGGCCUAUUUUAUCCUGGACGAGCUGCUUAUAGGCGGAGAGAUCCAGGAGACGUCCAAAAAGAACGUACUUAAGGCUAUCGCCUCGCAGGAUCUGCUCCAAGAGGACGAAGCCGUUGAGGGCACUUUAAGAGACAUUGGACUCCUCUAAAGAACUAGUACACCCUAGAACUUAUGUAGUUGAUAUGACACGCACACCCAGAAACAACAAGCACACAAUAACACACCCACAGAAACACCCCCAGCGAUAAUGUGUGCUGCACUUGGCACUUUCCAACACUGUUUCAUCAAUGCUAGUGAGUUCUGGCUGUUGUACAGCACUGAAGCGCUAAAAAAUUCGAAAAAAAAAAGAAGCCAAGCAGCGUAAGGCUUUAAAAGCAAUAAAUCCCACAAAGCUAUAUAAUAUAAAGUAACAUCAGAGCAUCUGGCAUGCGGUUUUUCAUACACCCUCUUUCUCAAAAAACACACUGAUAUAUUAGAUCCAGCUAAGUUCAUGCAAAACAAGCCGACCUUACGUAGUUUCAUCUGGGGUUUCCUCAACUGAAUUAAUAUUCUUCUUCCUAUUUACAUUAAAAAAUCGAAAGAUCAUUCCAAUCAAUCACCAAAUGGGCAAUAACUAAUUUAGUGGGGAAUAUAUGCAAUACUAUUCUUACAAUAAAAACAAGUAAGCUUUAAUGUUGAAAAAAUAAGAACGAUAUAUAAAAAUUGUAAUAAUCAUCCCUUAGUGGUAACCGAAUAAAGUCUAGUUUAUGUAUAUCUACAAAUAUAUAUGUUUAUGUAUGUGUGUUGUACGUUUUAGCCAAAUUUUCUGUGUUUUGUAACUGAAGAAAAACAAGUUAAAAUAAAAAGCAAGUAUUUUGAAAAAACA